CACGGACGGGAGAGCGUCGGACGGCUCGCUGCCUCCUUCAUACCGAAGUGCAUCGGUCUCGUUCAGCGAUUUGAGAUUAAAACGGUUUUCUUCAUCUUUAACUUUGACCCAGGAUAAACGAGAAAAAAAAACCCCAGCAAAGUUUUCCAAAAGAAGGAAACGGUUUUGGAGCAAGCUUGCAGCGCGUGCCAUGGGAACUUCUCCUCAUCUUUAAUUAUCUCGUGAAUGGAAAACGUCCAAGCACGGGACGCCUGACUGCGUAUGUGCUGCACGCAGUCCGUGGUCCUUUUGAUCGCGAAGAAAUCGGAGUGACAGUUUUCGGGACGAGGAGGGCGUCUGGAGAUGGAUGCUUUCUUUGUUGAGGGCGCCCGUGUGUGGGUGAAGGAGAAGGAUCAGCUCCUCCCAUCCACAGUCAGUCACCGUGACGACAGCUCCAUGGUCCUCACCACAGACUACGGAGAGGUGCUGACCCUGGAGACGGCGGAGGUGUGUCUGGAGCGUGUGUGUGUGAUGCACCCCAGUAGUGUGGACGGCGUGGAGGACAUGUCCUGCCUGACCGAACUCCACGAGGCCGCCAUCAUGCACAACCUGCACCUGCGCUACCACAAGGACCUCAUAUACACCAACAUCGGCUCCAUCUUGGCGGCGGUGAACCCGUAUAAGCUGGUCCCAGGCCUGUAUGACGGCGCUGCAGUGGAGCUGUACAGCCGUCACCACUUGGGGGAGCUGCCGCCCCACAUCUUCGCCGUGGCCAACGAGUGCUACCGCUGCCUGUGGAAGAGACACGACAGCCAGUGUGUGCUGAUCAGUGGGGAGAGUGGUGCAGGUAAGACUGAGAGCACUAAGCUGCUGCUGAAGUUCCUGUCUGUGAUGAGUCAGAACUCCGUGGGCACGCCCCCCUCAGAGAGGACCACACACGUGGAGCAGGCCAUCGUACAGAGCAGCCCCAUCAUGGAAGCGUUUGGGAACGCCAAGACCGUCUACAACAACAACUCCAGCCGCUUCGGGAAGUUCAUCCAGCUGCACUUCUCCCAGAGUGGGAACAUCCAGGGAGGGGGCAUCAUCGACUAUCUGCUGGAGAAGAACCGAGUGGUGCGUCAGAACCCAGGGGAGAGGAACUAUCACAUAUUCUAUGCUUUGCUGUCGGGGGCAGACCGCGACCACAGGGAGCUGUACCUACUGUCGGAGUCUGCGGAGUCGUACCAUUACCUGAGCCAGUCCGGCUGCGUGAAGGACAGCAGUCUAGACGACAAGCAGCUCUACCGCAGCGUCAUGGAGGCGCUGCAGGUGAUGGAGUUCAGUGAGGAGGAGAUCCGUGACGUGUUUAAGCUGCUGUCAGCCGUGCUGCAGAUGGGCAACAUCCAGUUCAUGACCGCAGGAGGGGCGCAGAUCACCAGCAAAGGAGUGGUCAGUAACGUGAGUGACCUGCUGGGUCUGGACUCGUUCCAGCUGUCGGAGGUGCUAACCCAGCGCUCCAUGAUCCUCCGAGGAGAAGAGAUCUGCUCCCCUCUCACCAUCGAGCAGGCCAUAGACUCGCGUGACUCUGUUGCCAUGGCGCUGUACUCUCAGUGUUUCUCGUGGAUCAUCGCGCGCAUCAACCAGAAGAUCAAGGGCAAGGAGAACUUCAAGUCCAUCGGCAUCCUCGACAUCUUCGGCUUCGAGAACUUCCAGGUGAAUCGCUUUGAGCAGUUCAACAUCAACUAUGCCAAUGAGAAGCUGCAGGAGUACUUCAACAAGCACAUCUUCUCCCUGGAGCAGCUGGAGUACAACAGAGAGGGAAUCCACUGGGAGGCUAUUGACUGGAUGGACAACGCUGAGUGCCUGGAUCUCAUAGAGAAGAAAUUGGGCAUGCUGGCUCUCAUCAACGAGGAGAGCCGCUUUCCUAAAGGGACGGACUACACCUUACUGGAGAAACUUCACAGCAGACACGCCGCGAACCCCUACUAUGUGAAGCCAAGGGUGGCAGAUCACCAAUUUGGCAUCAAGCACUAUGCAGGAGAGGUGUUGUAUGAUGUUAGGGGAAUUCUGGAGAAGAACAGAGACACCUUCAGAGAUGAUAUUCUAAACAUGUUGAAGGACAGCAGGCUGGACUUUGUGUAUGACUUGUUUGAGAGAGUGGGCAGUAGAAAUGGAGAAGAGACCCUGAAGAUGGGGACCGCACGGAGAAAACCCACCGUCAGCUCUCAGUUCAGAGACUCUCUACAUGCCCUGAUGGCCACUCUUAGUGCCUCCAACCCUUUCUUCGUACGCUGCAUCAAACCCAACAUGGACAAGAAGGCUGAUAAGUUCGACCCGGCUGUGGUUCUGAACCAGCUGCGCUACUCGGGCAUGCUGGAGACGGUGAAGAUCCGGCGGGCUGGGUUCCCCGUGCGCAGAACCUUCCAGGACUUCUACAGCCGGUAUAAGAUGCUGGUGAGAGUGAAGACUCCGGUGGGGGAGGAGAGGAAGGUGUGUGCUGAACUCCUGAGUGCUCACGACCCCACAGGCAACGAGUGGCAGCUGGGCAAGACCAAGGUGUUCCUGCGUGAGGUGCUGGAACAGAAGCUGGAGAGGGAGCGGGAGAACGUGAGGCGUGCAGCGGGCAUGGUGAUUCGGGCUCACAUACUGAGCUAUGUGGCAAGGAAGCACUACAGGCGCGUUGUGUCCAGCACCGUCACCAUCCAGAAGAACUACCGCGCCCACUACUGGCGCUCCCGCUUCCUGCGCUCCCGCUGGGCCGCCCUGGUACUGCAGAAGCACCAGCGCGCCGCCCGCGCUCGCCGCCUCUACCGCCACCUGCAGGAGGAGAAGAGGAGGCGCGAGGAGGAGGAGCAGAGGAGGCGCCAGGAGGAGGAGGAGCAGAGGAGGAGGCUAGAGGAGGAGAGGAGGAGAGCCGAGGAGGAGGAGGAGGAGAGGAGGAGAGAGGAGGAGAAGAGGAUUCGCCUGCAGCAGCAGGAGGAGCAGGAGAGACAGAAGCGCCAGGAAGAGGAGGAGAGGAGGAGGAGGAGGAAGGCGGAGGAGGAAGAGGCGGAGAGGAGGAGGAGAGAGGAGGAGCAGGAGGAGAGAGAAAGGAGGAGGAAGGAGGCGCAGAACAACAGGAACUCACUGCGAGCCAAUCCGAUUUGCCAGAAGGCGUCGGUGCAGUCGUGUUCGGACGAGGAGUCUCGCCAGAUGGAGGAGAUCCUGCGUCUGGAGCGUGAGAUCGAGCGGCUGCAGCGGCAGCGCGAGGAGGAGGGCGUGUCCCUGUCCCUGAUGGACGCCGCCGCCGCCGGUCACUCCACCGGUCACUCCACCGGUCACUCGCCGGCCAGCGCGGCCGAGCUGCAGCUGCGGCGCGACGCCGAGAUCCUGCGUCUGGAGAAGGAGGCGUCGCGCGUGGCCACCGAGUUCCUGGAGAUGCUGGACUUCGGCGGCCUGGAGCCCUCGCUGUCCAGCGAGGAGAACCUGCCGGAAGCGGCCGAGCGAAGCGGCACGGCGACGGCGACGGCGGCGACGACGAUGACGAUGGCCGACGCGCCUCUCGCCCGCCACGACGACGACGAGGAGCUGGACGAGGUCAGCCACGCCGAGGAGGAGGAGGACGGAGACGGAGACGGAGACGGGGAGGCGGAGGAGGUUGCCGCGGUGACGGAGGCGGCGGCUGCGGUUGCCGUGACGCUGCCCGAGCUGCCCCCCCCGUCGCCGGUGCCCCUGGGGAGGGACGUGCUGGGCUCGGUGCCUCCGCCCCCCCCGGCCUUCUCGCAGGGCCAGCAGUGCGUGUCCUCGCCCAUCAUACGCCGCAUGGACGUGCCCCCCCCGCCCAGCCACGCGCCCGCACCCCCCCCCAUGCACCACGCCAUGCACCUGCGCAACACCCUGGGCCGCCCACACCCCCAUGCCCAUGCCAACCCCCAUGCCAACCCCCAUGCCAACCCUCAUGCCAGCCCCCAUGCCAACCCUCAUGCCAGCCCUCAUGCCAACCCUCAUGCCAACCCCCAUGCCAACCCUCAUGCCAGCCCUCAUGCCAGCCCCCAUGCCUACCCACACCAACGCCCGCUCAACAACCACACACACCACCCGCCACACCCUCACCCUCACGCCCACACACACGCCCACGCCCACCCCAACGGGCACGGCCACCACCCGCACCCCCACGGGCAGACGCCCACCCACGGGCGCGGCGGUGCCAGCGGUGCCAGCGGUGCCAACCCUCCCCCCCCGCCUCCUCCCCCCGUACAGGCCCCCGGGCCCCCGCGCAGCGCCAGCGUCCAACGCAGGAACGUUCCGGAAGCAGCCGCUCUGCCCGCCCAGCCGCCCCCCCCUCCGCUGACCCCUGCCCCCCCGCCGCCCCGCGAGGAGCCCCCCCACUUCACGCUGGUGCCCGACGGGGACGGGGAGGGCGAGUCGGACUACGACCAGGAGGAGUACGAGGAGACGCAGGGCAGCAGCGGAGAGGGCCACCUCACAGACGAGGAGGUGCUGAGGAAGUCCUCCUGCACCUACAACAGCCUGGACUCCUACAGGGGCAGCUCCGACUCGUUGAUUGAGAGUGAUGAAGAUAAUGACGGCUUCGUGGACACAGAUGAGGAGGUGUCCAACGAAGAGUGACCAUCUUCAACGCAACGACCUCCCUAUUUCCACAGCUAUCUCUACAUGAAGAGUGGCUUGAUGAUCCCGUGGCGCCGGCGCUGGUGUGUGCUGAAGGACGAGACGUUCAUGUGGUUCCGUGCCAAGCAGGAGGCGCUGAAGAGCGGCUGGCUCUACAAGAAGGGCGGCGGCAUGUCCACGCUCUCGCGCCGCAACUGGAAGAUGCGCUGGUUCGUGCUGCGCGACGCCAAGCUCAUGUACUUCGACAGCGACAGCGAGGAGAAACUCAAGGGCACCAUCGACAUCCGCGCCGCCAAGGAGAUUGUUGAUAACCACGUGAAGGAGAAUGCUCUGAACAUCGUCACUGAUGAGAGAACAUACCACAUCUACGCAGAGUCACCAGAGGAUGCUAGUGGCUGGUUUAACGUGCUGAGUCGAGUGCACAGUGCCACUCCUCAACAGCUUCUGGACAUGCAGCAUGAGCAGGCCAACCCCAAAAACGCUGUGGGAACGCUGGAUGUGGGAUUAAUCGACUCAGUGUGUGCGUCGGAUAAUCCUGACAGGCCCAACUCGUUUGUGAUCAUCACGGCGAACCGCGUGAUCCACUGCAACUCUGAGCUGCCUGAGGAGAUGCACCACUGGAUCGGCCUGCUGCAGAAGCCCAAAGGAGACUCGCGCAUCGACGGACAAGAGUUCCUCGUCAGAGGCUGGCUGCAUAAAGAGAUAAAGUCGGGGGCCAAGAGCUCGUCUCUGAAGCUGAAGAAGCGCUGGUUCGUGCUGACGCACAACUCUCUGGACUACUACAAGUCCUCCGAGCGCAGCGCCUCCAAGCUGGGCACGCUGGUGCUCAACAGCCUCUGCUCCGUCGUGCAGCCCGACGAGAAGGUCUUCAAGGACACCGGUUACUGGAACAUCAUUGUGCACGGACGCAAGCACUCGUACCGCCUCUACACCAAGCUCCUGAACGAGGCCAUGCGAUGGGCGUCGGCCAUCCAGGGCGCCAUCGACAACAAGGUUCCCAUAGAGACGCCAACACAACAGCUCAUCCGCGACAUCAAGGAGAACAGUCUGAACGUGGAGGCUGUGGAGCAGACGUACCGGCGGAACCCCAUCCUGAGAUACACACAGCACCCGCUCCACUCCCCCCUGCUGCCCCUGCCCUACGGAGAGGUCAACACCACCCUCCAAAAGGAGAAGGGCUACUCCAGCCUGCAGGACGAGGCGGUGAAGAUGUUCAACUCUCUGCAGGAGAUGGAGGCGGUGUCCGACCCCACGCCCAUCAUCCAGGGCAUCCUGCAGACCUGCCACGACCUCCGACCCCUGCGCGACGAGGUCUACUGCCAGCUCAUCAAGCAGACCAAUCACGUGCCUCAGCCCAGCAGCGCGGCCAAUCGCGCGCACUGGCACCUCCUCACCUGCAUGAGCUGCACCUUCCUGCCCAGCCGAGGCAUCCUGCGCUACCUCAAGUUCCACCUCAAGAGGAUAAAGGAGCUGUUCUCUGGCACUGAGAUCGAGCAGUUUGCUGUGUUCAUCGGGGAGACCCUGAAGAAGACCAAGCUGCGCGAGUACGUGCCGUCCCAGGAGGAGAUCGCCGCCCUUCUGGUCAGGCAGGAGAUGACCACCACGGUGUACUGCCACGGAGGAGGAUCCUGCAAGAUCUCCAUCAACUCACACACUACGGCUGGAGAGGUGGUGGAGAAGCUGAUCAGAGGGCUGGCUAUGGAGGACAGCAGGAACAUGUUUGCCCUGUUUGAGCACAGCAGCACCAUGGACCGAGCAGUGGAGAGCAGAGUCAUCGUGGCCGACGUACUGGCCAAGUUCGAAAGGCUGGCGGGCGGUGAGGGCGGAGAGGAGGACAGCCAAUGGCGGCUCUACUUCAAGCUCUACUGCUUCCUGGACGUGGAGAGCAUGCCCAAGGAGGGGGUGGAGUUUGUGUUCAUGUUCGAGCAGGCCCAUGAGAGUGUGAUCAGCGGUCACUUCCCGGCGCCGGAGGACACUCUUCAGCAGCUGGCGGCGAUGCGUCUGCAGUACCUGCACGGGGACCUGUGCCGCGCCACCUGGGGCCUAGAGAACGUCUACCCCGUGGGCCGCCUACGCACACGCCUGCAGCAGUUCACUAAGGUGGGCACCUCCUCUUCCUCCUCCACCUCCACGUCCUCCUCCUCCUCCCCGGCGGCGGGCGGCGGCGGCGGGCCGGGCUCGGCCCAGACCCUGGAGCGUCGUCGGACCAGCUUCCUGGACGGCACGCUGCGGCGCUCGCUGAAGACCGGCUCGCUGAAGACGGGCUCGCUGCGUAAGCAGCGCGUGGAGGAGGAGCAGAUGCUGGACAUGUGGCUGCGGGAGGAGACCUCGUCCACGCGCGCCUCCGUCCUGGAGAAGUGGGGACGCAUGCAGGGCCUGCAGCAGCACCAGGCCCUCCUCAAGUACAUGGGCGUCAUCAAGGAGUGGCCCGGGUACGGAUCCACACUCUUCGACGUGGAGUGUAAGGAGGGCGGCUUCCCCCAUGACCUGUGGCUGGGUGUGAGUGCGGAGAACAUCUCGGUGUAUAAGCGCGGCGAGGCCAAGCCCCUGGAGACCUUCCCCUACGAGCACAUCAUCUUCUUCGGCGCGCCGCAGCCCAGCACCUACAAGAUCACCGUCGACGGCCGAGAGAUGUUCUUCGACACACCUCAGGUUGGCGAGAUCACCAAGAUCAUAAAGGCCUACAUCAACAUGAUCGUCAAGAAGCGCUGCAGCGUCCGCUCCGUCUCCAGCUAUGGCAGCAACUGGAUCAGGUGAUCAGGAUUGGCCAAUCAGCUCACUGCUUCUCCACGGCGCUCAUAGAGGGACCCCGUCUUCCCCAGAGCACCGAGUUUUAUGAUUGGUUGACGUAAGCAACUGACGAAGAUAUGAACCAAUGAAAGGAGCACCUCUGUUGAUUGACGCCUGAGAGGUCCACUGUGAUGCUUCUGUAGGUGUGUCUUACACCGUUUGUGUAACCUAUGCUGUAUUUAAAUCCUAACUACUGUAGCCACUAAGUGUUUAUUAAUGAACUGACAUUGCUCAGGAGGUGCUCUGAGACAGAAGCUCCUCCCAGUGCCCACCCUCCUCAUCCAAUCAGAGGUCCUCCUUAAUCUCCUGACUGGGCCUGGACACCUCCACACUCCCUAGUCUAAGCAUGCACCCAACCACCGGGCCGGAUGAGUGAAGCUCCACACAUGAACUGCACAGAUGGCUCCCCGUGUGUUGCGUCAGGUUUCACAUGUGGUCUCGUACCAAACGACAGGUCACAUUUCUUCGUCCAUCUCCACUGUGUUGUUAAAAAACGGACCGUGCUGCAGAUGCUGCUGGUGGUGAUGGACCGCAGCGUCCGUGUCCGUGUCCGGCCGCCGUGACGAGCAGGCAGAGGAGAGACACUCUGAGAGAGGAUCCCUCAGGUGGAGCGCUGAGAGCCGUCACCUUGACCUCUCUCUCUCUCUCUCUCUCUCUCUCUCUCUCUCUCUCUCUCUCUCUCUCUCUCUCUCUCUCUCUCUCUCUCUCUCUCUCUCUGUCGCUCACACUCUCACGCUCUCACUCACACUCAGCAUCCUGAUGCCUUAAAGCCAUCCCAGUGCUCCAAGCUGUAUCUCUCAGAACACACACACACACACACACACACACACACACAGACACACACUUCCUCUUGCCAGAUAAGGUGUGUGCCCCAACGAGUCAUACAGAGAUGUCCACUAAGAUCCCAACCAUGACGCCAAGAAAGAGCAACGCUACAGCCAAUGAACGGAUGCUGUUAGUGUUAGUAAGGGUGGCUCAAGAUGACACGCAAUACAGACUGAUGUGCUACCGUGUGGAACUCGUGUGUGUGUAGUGUGCUACCGUUUGGAACUUGUGUGUGUGUGUGUGUGUGUGUGUGAGCUGAGAGAUGGGUGAGAAUGCGGACCCUGGCGGACUAACCGAGAGCUGGACUGGUCAGGAGACCUGGUCAGGCAGGUCUUCAUCACAACAACCCUUUAAAGGCCUCCGCCACCCUUUAAUGAUGUGCUCCAGAACACCUUUAAUCGUGGGGCGCAGAACACCUGAAGCGACAGUCUUGGCCUCGUUAAGGGUUCUGCACCACAUGACAUUGCCCAGAAACGCACCUGGUAACAGAGACCUUACCUUCACCUGUGGACAGUACAGGAGUGGUGUCAUGCUCGAGCACCCACUUCCUUUGGAUAUACAGUAUAUGGAUGAAUUAGGAUGUGUGUGUAUGUUAUCAUUUGGAUAUACAGUAUAUGGAUGAAUUAGGACGUGUGUGUAUCAUAAUGAUAAUGAUGUGUGUAUGUUAUGUGUGUAUGUUAUCAUAAUGAAAAGACUGUUUAUGACCCACUCUUAUUCAUCAACAGGAAACAGCAAAUCUUUUUUUGUUCAUUUUUAUUUGUAUUUUUUUUGUUUGUUUGUUAAACAAGCGCUUUUGGUUUGAUGCCUCUGCUACAGAAGGAUGUGUGAAAUGACUUGUGUCGAGAGAGAGAGAGAGAGAGAGAGAGAGAGACAGAGAGUGUGUGUGUUAGUGUGUGUGUGUGUGUGUGUGUGUGUGUGUGUGUGUGCGUGCGCACGUUGGCUUGGGUAUUUAUUCAUAGUCAGAGUUGUUAUAAGCAUGGUGUGUGUUUGAAAGAAAGCGUAUACAAUACAUGAUGUGGGAUAAACACACGUGAAUUGGGUCAAACACUGACAAUGAUGCUAUGAUGGUAUGAUGAUGCUGAAAAGCAUUGUGAUGAGGUCAAGACGGUGCCAAUGGCGAUAAUUAUGCCCAUGAUAUUGAUGAUGAUAUUGAUGAUGAUGGUGUUAACGAUGAAAAUGAUAACAGUGAUGAUGUAGAUGGUAGUUAUGAUGACAACAGUAAAGAAAAGACAAGGUUGAUACAGCUGAUGGUGGUGGUGAUGAUGAUGAUGAUGAUGGUGGUGAUGAUGAUGGUGAUGAAGAUACUGAUGAUGGUGUAGUGGCAUGUGUGCUGCUGUCCACCACUGCUCUCCCUUCAGUGGUUCUGAUUGGCUGCGGGCAGCUUCAUCAGUAGAUCCUGUGUAAGAUUGCUUUGAAAGUGGUGCAAAAAAAAAAGAGAACGCAGAAAAAAACAAAAAAAAACAUUUCUUGCUUGUUAUGUUUGGAAAAAAAUCACUAUUUGAUUUUUUGUAACUGGAUUUACAAAAUGCUCUAAUAAAUUAUUGUA